AUGUCGAGUUCGUCAAGCACGAACAUUAGAAUGUGCUAUUGUGGAGAUAGGGCUGGAAUGUGGACAUCAUGGACUCGAAAGAAUCCAGGUCGGAGGUUUUUUGGUUGCCGAAAUUACAUGGAUGAAGAGAAGAACUAUGGGUAUUUUCAUUGCAUUGACCCACCACUAUUGAAUAAGUGGUAUAAAGAAAGAAUGUAUGAAUUAGGAGCUGUUGCUAAUGAGGGUGUAGCUAUUCGUUUCAAUAACCCUGUUAACGAAGGUGAAAUACCUGUUGAUGGCCAUAUUGCCUCUGUGAAUGUUGAUGUCCCUAUUGCCCCUGUGAAUGCUCUUGAACCUGAUAAUCAAAUUGCAAUGUGUGAGAAUAUACAUGUGCUUGAAGUCCCAACACGUCCCAUCUUCUUCAGCUUGAUUUUAACAAUCCUCUCAGAGGGCCUUCUUCUUUUGACAAUCCUAAGGUGUACUGGAAUAGUGUCAUCCUCAUUUUCAACUCCACCACCUUCAACUUCAGCCACUCCACCACCUCCAAUUCCAAUAGAUGUCUUACUACCCCUACAACCUCUUUUACUAGUUGUACCACCUCUGUUACCCUUUGCACCACUUGUGUUACCCACUGCACCACCUGUGUUACCCACUACACCACUUCACUUACCCCCUAUACCACCUCUACUACCCCUUGCACCACCUCUACUACCUCUGACACCACCUCUAGUCUAA